UUAUGAUCCAGCGCUGUCGAGGCAAUAGUUUGGUGAAUCGUGCGGCGAUUUGUGAUACUUCUAAACCCUCCUGGCUGCGACUUGGACAGGAGGUAGCUCCAUCAGCUCCUGAAACUCAUCGCACCGAUGCUUCUCCACUCCACGAUCUGCCGCGUGUGAACUCCAUGUGACACGUUCAAAUGGCACAGAGCGUGUUGAAACUGAAUUCCACCAACCUUACCAACGUCUCGUCUAACAGAUGUGUUCUGAACGCCUUCCAACUGCUGUGCCCUCCGCUCAAUUUGUCCUACGCGAGCAGCGUUCUCGUGCAGACUGCGCUCGUCAUCUGCAUAGUGGCCAUCGCUGUUGGUAACACGCUGGUCAUCGUGUCCAUCGCCUACUUCCGAAAGUUGCAGUCACGCAUGAACGUCUUCACGCUGUCCCUGGCGCUCACCGACUUCCUCGUGGGCGUCCUCAUCAUGCCCUUCAGCAUGCUCAAGACCGUGCACAACAACUGUUGGUUCUUCGGCCGAUGGUUCUGCAAGAUUCACACGAGCCUCGACUAUGUCAUCUGUACGGUGUCCAUCCUGCACCUCAGCUGCAUCGCAUACGACCGCUACAAUGCCAUCUGCCACCCGCUGUGCUACACGCAACGGGUGAACAGGGCCAAGGUGGUCGUGAUGUUGGGCGUCUGCUGGGUGGCUCCUGUCAUCUACGUGGCGCCCAUAAUGCUCGGCUGGAACAUCAUCGGCAUCGAGGAGAUCGUGGCGAGCAUGACCUGCCCCGACAGCUGCGUCAUGUUCAAGAACAUUACCUUUAUGGUGAUGGACACGGUGUGUGCUGUCAUUCUGCCUAUGAUCCUAAUGGGGGUGGCGUAUGCGAAGAUCUACAGGGUAGUGCGCGAUCAUUCGAGGAGGAUUCACUCGCAGCAUCAACAGCAGGUGGAUGGCAACGCCCUCAAGCGGGAGCACAAUGCCACCAAGACACUGGGCCUCAUCAUGGGAGCCUACUGCGUGUGCUGGCUGCCAUACUGCGUGGUGAAUGUGGUGGACGUAUUCAAUAACUAUCAGACUAGUAGUUGGGUGUGGAGCGUCGUCACGUGGCUGGGAUACAUCAACUCCGGCUUCAACCCCGUGCUCUACGCACUCUUUAGCCGACCAUUCCGACGAGCAUUCGCAAUUGUCCUCAGCAAGAGGAUUUUCACCUCGGACACAAGAAAUAUGGAUCUUUUCAGAGAAGAUUAAUUUUGAAUCCAGGGAUAAAACAGUUUACUCACCUACCAUCAAUACCCAUUGUGACCAAGAGGAAUAUUUUUUGCACAGAUGGCAGGUUACUGAAAGAUUAUGUAAGGGUGUGCUUUAAAGGAAAUUUUGAUAGCAUAAAAAGCAGGAAACGAGACUCAGCGAUUCACCAGGAGUGAUGCACUAAAAACAACAAUGGAAUGAUGCAUGAAUAGAAUUGUGACCCUUCCACUAAAUCUCCGUGGAGGGGUGGAUGCGUAAACCAGUCAACAGCGCAAAUGUGAAGUGGCAACCAAGGCAAAAAGUGGUAAAAGGCAAGAAUGGUAAGAUCUUUAUGGACAAAGAGACAAAAAUAGAUGGACUGAGCAUUGUGAUAGUACUAUUACAUCGAUUAACAGUGCAGACUGAUAGGUAUUUGGUGGAACUUGAUGUUCAGGCUUAUAGCAGAGAAAGCAAGAUAAACAAUAGGCUGAUUUAUAACUGUUCCAUAGAUUUCCAGAAAGCAUUUGAUUCGACUAAGCAAUAAAUAACGUGGGAAACAUUGAGAUCAUACGGCGUAAGGGGACUAAUGGCCACGGGAGGUAAUGACAGGGGCAUAAUUAGUGAGUGGGUAGACCGGUGGCUACGGGAAUGUUCGAGAAGGGAGCGUGGUCAGGUGACGGAAGAGGACGGUGGAGUCUGCCGGUAGAGGGAGCGUCCACAAUCAGCGAGAAUGAUCGAGAAUGCUGGCGUGGCCUCGUGUUGGUGUUGCAGUUGGGAUCUCCGCCUGAUAUCAAGUGAACGUGUCUUCAAUCAAGUGCCAUCUCAAGAGAAGUGUGUCAAGUCGUCAUUACAUCUGCACUCAUAUUUGGUGUUCGCGAGGUGUGGCUGAAUGAUGAGCACCUAUGAUCCAUUGCUGUUUAAAUUACAUGAGCGGACGUGUGCAGGUGGGGACUUACAAUGCCUCAUUUGUGUUGCUGCUGAUUUGGCAGCGGUGCACAAGCACAAUGUACAAAAUAUCUCCGGACAUUCGUCAAUAAUGCUGAAAAAAUAGGUAACAUUUUGAGCAAUGGUACUUGUUCAUAACAUGUCAAUAGAGAAACAGAGUGGAUGAUACGGGAGGCUGCACUCUGCACCAUGGGGCCUGAACAAAAUUCAAUGUUAAACUUUUUUUCAUGAUCAGUUUCUAAAUUGGUAAAUGAACAGCUAUGUAAAAGGAUAUAUUGAGUAACAAACCAUUCAAUAACCAAAACAAAUAUUGCGAAAUAAACUAAUAUAUUUAAAAGGUUGAUUUUAUGUAUACAGGGUGUUUACAAAAGAUGGACCCAAUUUGAAAUCGCUAUAUCUCCGCAACCACGAACCACCCGUGCAUGAAGCUCUUACCACUUGAAAGGGCGGGACAUAGAGUUUCAAAUGAUUACCGCUCGAUGCCUCUUCCAGCGCACAAACAACCCCUAGCCUCAGUCAUUCGCAAGAUGGCGACCCCGCAACACAAGGCGUUUUGCGUUCUGUAGUUCAGCAAGACUGAAUCCGUAAUUGCGGUGCAGCGUGCGUUGAUCCGCCAAUGUCAAAGAGCAUGAUGGCACAAAAGACCGUGUUUUUGUGCCACCAUUAGCGACUGAUCUGGAUGACCUCAAAAACAGAAU